UAGCAGCCUGCGAGUGGGCGUGUCUGGAUGGCUCGCUCGGCGAUUCCAGCUGUGAUUGGCCGUCGGUUGUCUCAGUGUCACGGUUAGUCCGCAUCUUCCCCGGAAGCAGGAAGCGGCUCACCGGCGCUCGGUACGGACUAGGCACUCAUUCGCCGGGCUGUCAUCGCGGACACACGGGGAAACACCGCGGGGGCGCUCGGGGACACCGGAGUGGAGAGAUCGUACCGGGGCACGGGUCCUGGAUUUAAUAGGCUGGGGAGGUCGGGUCACCGGGUGUCAGGAUGCUGCCCUUAUCUAUCAAGGAUGAUGAGUACAAACCUCCCAAAUUCAACCUGAUGCGGAAACUGUCCGGCUGGGUCAGAUCCAUCUUUUCAGAUUCUACAUCCAGGAAUCUCUUCUGUUUUUUGUGUUUGAACCUGUCCUUUGCAUUUGUAGAACUUUUCUAUGGAAUCUGGAGUAACAGUUUGGGCCUGAUCUCGGAUUCAUUUCACAUGUUUUUUGACUGCACGGCAUUGUUAGCUGGAUUGGCAGCAUCUGUCAUCUCUCGAUGGAAAAAUAAUGAAGCUUUCUCUUAUGGGUUUGUCCGAGCUGAGGUCCUGGCAGGUUUUGUGAAUGGUCUAUUCCUGAUUUUUACUGCCUUUUUCAUCUUCUCUGAGGGCGUUGAGCGGGCGCUAGACACACCAGAGGUCCAUCAUGAGCGUCUGCUUCCUGUGUCCAUCGCAGGGUUCCUUGUAAAUCUGGUUGGAAUAUUUGUUUUUCAGCAUGGUGGGGGCCAUCAUGGGCACUCACAUGGUGAUGGUCAUGGACACAGCCAUUCUCAAAUUAAUGGUUCUUUAAACCAUGGGCAUAGUCAUGGUGGAGGACAUGGUCACAGUGAUGGAGGUCAUGUGCAUAGCCAUGGUGGGAGCCAUGGAGGAGGCCAUGGGCACAGCCACAGCGAUAACCACAGCCAUAAACAUGACCAUGGUUUUGGUUCCUCGUGUCCUGAUGAGCCACCAAUGGAGCACAGCGGAUCCAGCAAGCAGAUUUUAGAAGGUGUGUUCUUGCACAUUGUUGCUGAUGCCCUUGGAAGUAUAGGAGUGAUAAUCUCCACUAUUCUAAUGCAGCGGUAUGGAUGGAUGAUUGCGGAUCCCAUAUGUUCAAUGCUCAUUGCUCUGCUCAUCAUGGUCAGUGUGAUUCCAUUGCUAAAGCAGUCUAUUGGUAUUUUAAUGCAGCGUACACCUCCUUCUCUGGACGAUGUUCUUCCUGAGUGCUACCAGCGGGUGCAACAAUUACAAGGAGUCUACCAUUUACAUGACCCACACUUUUGGACCCUCUGCACAGAUGUUUACAUUGGGACUCUGAAAUUGGUGGUUGCACCAGAGGCCGAUGCACGCUGGAUCUUGAGCCAAACGCACAACAUCUUCACACAGGUUGGCGUUCGACAACUGUACGUACAGAUUGAUUCAGCAGCCAUGUAAAUUCUCAAAAGAUAUAUAUUGGACCAAAGAGCAGCACUGAGCCUGCUCUGUGAUAAAGCCAACGCAGGAUUGAAACCAUCGGGACCAAUGGAUCUCCUGCACGAUCUAUGCCUCUAUAGUGAGAGGAUACCCCAGCCUCUCUGUGUCACACCUCCUACAUUCUUUAAAUUUCCAUUUUCUACAAAGUGUAGUCUUCGUGUCAGCUAUUGUCUCGACAGCCCAGUUGCCAGAAGCGCGCUAUGGGAUAACUCUUAGCAUUCUCUAAGCCUACCUAAUGCCACCAUUUUACCGUGGGACAUAGGACCAGUGAAUAGACCCAUUUCAGAAGCACCCUGUACUGUAACGCUCUGAUCUGAAGGAUCUCUAAGGGAUUUGGAAGUCACUGGCCAUAUACUCCCAAGCUUCCAGUUCUGCCAUAGAGGGUUGAGGUUGAAAAGCCGUGCAAACCAUAAACUCUCAUCACUCUUUGAACUGAAAGGCUAUAGUAUCUCUUUCUGCUUCUUUUUUUGAGAAGUGGGAUUUUUUUUGAAUUAUUUUUAAAGAUCACCUGUAAAUUGCUUAAAAUCUACCAGUGUUAUACAUUGCAGAAUCUAUCGGGUGUUUGCUGAUUUUAAUGACACAUGGGCUAUGUUUUCAUCACAACAAGCUCAUUAUAAGACUGUGAUACGUAAAAUAACAAACCCUGAUGGGAUUCCCAAGUGCCUUUUCCUCCUUCCUUUGGACGGAUCUCCACAAGAUCUCCACCUUCUGCAGAACCAUACGGUCCCAUAUAAAUCCAGCAACCUACCUCCCAACUGAUCAUUUUGGGAAUAUUUCUCUGACAUCAUUGAAUUAUCGCGGCAUAGGAGAGUUUGUGCAAUUUUAUAUUCUGUGUAAAAUAAUCCAAAAGCGACGGCACAGGUUCAUUUCUUUAGGUCAGUUAAGUCCUUGGUCUAUCUGUAACCCAUUAAGAGUCAUUUAACAAAGACUGAAUCCAAUUUUUUUUUUUUUUUUUUUUUUUUUUAAGGCUUUGUGACUUGCACAUUACAAACUGUCCAGACAUGAACUAGGGGUGCUGUUAAAUGCUUCAUUUUGUUAGAAGAAUUAUUCCAUCUGUACCACAAGGGCUAGGAAAAGAUAUCUAGAACAUGGCCGUUUCUAAGGAGAGUCCUAAUUAUUUUUUUUGUUUUGUUUCUCUUUUUGCCUCCAUUCCUCCUUUUAUUUUUGUAUUAUUUUCAUAAGUGAAGGAUUUUUAAUUAAAGGAAUGUAUAAAUUAGGGCAGUUGUGUUUUUCGUAGCACACAAUCUUUGGAAAUAAACCAUUUUACCCAUCCGUGCCAUGUUUUAGGGGGUCUCUCUCUGGGUUUUGGGUGUUUUUUCUUGAAUUAAAAAACAAAAAAAUGUUGAUUAGAGUGCCCUUCUUUUAUAACCACGGUUAAGACAGACAAUUUUAUAUAGAGACAAAGCUGAUAUGUCAUCAGUCACAAGUAAAGAUCAAUAUUUCAGCGUGACUACAUUAAACCUUGGAAAACACUAAAUUAAUGUGAAUUUUGUAUCCGUUCUGUGGGACCACUCUCUGAAUGGUAAAGAACUACAUGGAUUUUACAACCACCCCUUGCCUGGUUACACAUUGCUAAUAAAAUUCCAACUUUUGUGAUCAAAGUGUCAAUCAGGAAUUGGUCAGGGUUGGGACAGAUCAUAAUAUCUGUUGAAUUGCUUACAAAAUAAAAACAAUAACGAGAAAAGUG